UGAUGCAACACAGCCUUCGGCUGGAGGCAUUUAAGACACAGAACACACUCUGGCCGUGGCUGCAGGACCCAGAGGCCAACUCUGACGAGCUCAGGAAGGACAGGAGCAGUCAGUCACCCUCAAGAGCAGAGGCCACAGCAGCAGCAGCAGCAGCAGCAGCACCAGCCUCCGCGUCUGCCCCGACUGCCAGGAAACGAUGCUCCUCGCCACGUUUAAGCUGUGUGCCGGCAGCUCCUACAGACAUGUGCGGAACAUGAAGGGGCUGAGGCACCAGGCUGUGCUGGCCAUUGGCCAGGAGCUGAACUGGAGGGCCCUGGGGGGCCCGACCCCAGGAGCGUGGAUUAACCAGGUUCGGCGCCGUGGCUCUCUGCUUGGUUCUCAGCUGGAGGACACUCUCUACAGCGACCAAGAACUGGCCUAUAUCCAGCAGGGAGAGGAGGCCAUGCAGAGGGCCCUAGGCAUCUUGAGCAACCAGGAAGGUUGGAAGAGGGAGAGCCAGCAGGCGAAUGGGGACGAAGUGCUAAGUAAAGUGGUCCCAGAUGUGGGCAAGGUGUUCCGGCUGGAGGUGGUGGUCGAUCAGCCCAUGGAGAGGCUUUAUGAAGAGCUUGUGGAGCGCAUGGAGACCAUGGGCGAGUGGAAUCCGAAUGUCAAGGAGAUCAAGGUCCUGCAGAAGAUUGGGAAAGACACAGUCAUCACCCAUGAGCUGGCUGCCGAGGCAGCAGGAAACCUCGUGGGGCCCCGAGACUUCGUGAGUGUGCGCUGUACCAAGCGCCGGGGCUCCAUGUGUGUGCUGGCUGGCAUGGCCACGCGCUUCGAGGAGAUGCCUGAGCAGAAGGGUGUUAUCAGAGCUGAGCAUGGCCCCACCUGCAUGGUGCUGCAUCCUCUGGCUGGAAGCCCCUCAAAGACCAAACUCACCUGGCUGCUCAGCAUUGACCUCAAGGGAUGGCUUCCAAAGACGAUCAUCAACCAGGUCCUAUCGCAGACCCAGGUGGAUUUUGCCAACCACCUGCGCAAGCGUCUAGAGUCCAGCUCUGCUCUUGAAGCCAGGUGUUGAAGACCAGACAGCUGUCUCCGGCUCAGCUGGCGUGCAGGCCCAUUGCGAGGUCCCUGCUGGAAGCCCCCAAGUCUGUGCAAGAGCUUCACCUGGGGCCUGCAGGAUGGGGUAGUGGUAUGUUUUGAAUGGUACUAGAACUCAGAUCGGUAACAGUACCAAGAAAAUGGGGACAAGGCUCUUCUAACUUCAUUCACUGAUUAGCUCUAAAAUGAAGGUUAAGGGUCCCAAAAUAUCUGUAGAACUUUUUUCUGAGCCCUUACAUAGUUACCUAAAAACAUCUCAAAAAUGCUACCAGCUGACACAGGGUGCAGAGGGUGUAAAACACAGGGAUCGGGACCUCAGACAUGAAGGGCUCAAGAGCUCCAUUCCUGCGGGCGGGGUGUGCGGACCCAGCAGGCCUUACACAAGGGCUCCCAGCAACCCCCUGCUCCUCCGCCAAGUGGGUAGAGAGCCGCACCAAAGAACAAGCAGGUGCCUUCGAGAAAUCUCACCCAAGUUAUCUUAGUGAAAAAAUACAGAACUAAAUAAAAACUAUUAGAAUGGUUUCCCUGCUUCUUCCAUGAGCAGCAGCCAGAAUAAAGAAUCAUAACUAACAUAAAAACUUCAGUGUGUAGCACUUUUUAAAUUCUACUCUUAAAAAUCCAUUCUAAUAAAUUGCAACUUCAUGCUA